GUUCAGCUUUGGAUGGAGAACCUAACAUUCACUCCUCUCAGGCAGCCGAUUGUGUUUGAACUGGAGGGCUUCGACGUUCCACCAGGACAUGGUCCUCUCUUGUUCUUCUUGGCCCUGUUUGCCUACAUGGUGGUGCUGCUGGGRAACGGWGUGGUGAUCUGUGUCRUCAUGACKGACCGCAACCUGCACAGACCCAUGUUUGUGAUGAUCUGCCACCUGGUGGUCUGUGACCUGCUGGGCGCCACGGCGGUGCUUCCCAGCCUCAUGAUGCACUUCUUGAUGGGGCAGAAGAAGAUCAGCUACUUCCCMGCUAUUGCUCAGGGUUUCUGUGUUCACACAUACGGCGUAGCAGUGCAGACCAUUCUGGGGGUGAUGGCUAUUGACAGGUAUGUGGCAGUGUGUGAACCUCUCAGGUAUCACUCCAUCAUGACUUCGGCUCGGCUGCACAGCUGCUGCGCUGUGGCCUGGAUCGUUGCUCUGCUGCUCAUCGCUGUGCUCUUCUCCUUCCACAUGAACGUCCCGCUGUGCGGCCAUCUAGUCCAACACGUCUACUGCAGCAACCGGGGCAUCCUGAACCUGGCCUGCAUUCCCACGCCUGCAAGCAACAUCUACGGUCUGGCCAUGUCCUGGUCUGUGAGCACCGGGGUGUUUGUCAUCAUUGCUUUUUCCUACAUCAGAAUCCUGAGUGUCUCCUUUAAACGRCGGAGAACUGACAGCAGGGUCCAUAAGAAGGCCCUGCAGACGUGUGUGCCUCAUCUCGUUGUGUAUGUGCUCUAUCAGAUAGCCUCAGUUAUCAUCAUUGUCAGUCUCAGGUUUCCCUCUGUCUCCCAGAACAUCAGGAAGUUCUUUAGCAUCCUCUUCAUCAUAGUUCCACCAGCUCUCAACGCCAUCAUCUACGGACUAGUCAGCAAAGACUUACGAUCAGGCAUUACAAAGCUUUUCUCCAUGCGAGUCAAGAGAGUGUGUCACAAGGAGUGA